CGAAGUUUAAUUGAUGAGCAAACUGGAAGCCGGUGCGCUCCUUACUCCCCUCUCCUAAUCCUCCCCUUUUCUUAAUUAAGCCUGGACAUCAGGAAGGGGCUGGUAUAAAGAGCUUUCAAUCGCCCUGACUCGUUUGCACUUUCCCACCUAAGCACUGGCACAUACACACCUCUAUACAGCGCACAAGCAGACACUCCGCACCCACACUGCACCGCUACACCUCUUCCAGCAACUAGCAAAGAGUGCUGUUAGGAGCUGACUCCGGUCCCAUACACGCAGCCACCAGAGAAACACCAAGCGGGAAGGAACACGAGUUCUCUGACUCCCAGCGACCCCGAGACGCCACCGUGGAGCCCAAGGACGAAUCAGUUGUUGGCUUGUACACCAUGAGCGGCAUCAAGUCAGACACGGAGCACAACAAUAAUAAUAUAGAGGAAGAGGUACGAACUCUGUUUGUUAGUGGGCUUCCUAUUGACAUCAAACCCAGGGAACUUUACUUGCUUUUUCGACCAUUUAAGGGCUAUGAAGGAUCCCUAAUCAAGCUUACCUCAAAACAGGGCAUCCGUUUUGACCCAGAGAACCCACAGACCUUACGGCUAGAGUUUGCAAAGGCCAACACAAAGAUGGCCAAGAACAAACUAAUGGCUACACCAAACCCCACAAACUUCCACCCAGCACUUGGCGCACACUUCAUUGCACGAGAUCCAUAUGACUUUACUGGGGCUGCACUAAUCCCAGCAUCACCAGAAGCUUGGGCUCCCUACCCACUGUAUACUGCAGAACUUGCUCCAGCCAUUCCACAUGCUGCUUUCACAUACCCUGCUGCUGCCGCUGCUGCACUUCAUGCCCAGAUGCGUUGGUAUCCUCCAUCUGAAGCAACCCAGCAGGGGUGGAAGUCUCGGCAGUUUUGUUAAAGCUCUUGGGUUUCUUUUCUUUUGAGGAUUUGAUUUUUGCGCUCUCCAUGAAUUGAUGUGCCAAGCAUUAAUCGGUACAAGGUCUAACCCAUGGACAUUUGGUCAAUUCCUUAUUCAUCCAUUCUAUCAAUCAGGCUGUUUCAAGCUACAUCCAAGAAAAGACUGCAUAGGUUUAAAUGAGCACAGCUGCUAUAGUGCAAAAUAUACCACUUAUUGGUGGGCAUGGGAAGGUUUGCAUGUUUGUUAUAGCAUGAAUUAACUUCUUGAUGUAAGCGUUAAAACAUUAAUGUAAAUCUUUUCAGGAUUAGCUUUUGCUUCUGUAAAAGCUUUGAUUUUUCCCAUGCCUCCUUCUACCAACAAAUUGGUCAAAUUGCACUGUUCCCAACUAACAUCUUCUGUUUUUCUGUCUGUAUUCUGCCCUUUCAUUUUCAUUGAGUAUUUGUGCUUGCCAAAUGUAAUGCAACCAUAAUGGGAAACAGAGCAAUAGAACCAGUAUUUUUGUAACAUGUUAAUAAGGAUAUAUUUAUGCAGUUUGUUUUUGUGUGAUUAUUAAAGAAAAAUAUUAAAUCUAUUAUAAGUUAAUAUUAUGUUUAAAAGCUUGAAGAUUCUGUAUGGUUGUACUGCUGUACUUUAUGAAUAACUGCAAGUUUUGUGUUCCGUUUUGCAUUCUGCUUGAUAUUUCAGUAUUAUGAAAGAUGUCUUACCUGUACAGAGAAUGAAAUUUCUUUUGCUGAUCUUAUGUACAGCAAAUGAAUUUUCUCUUGCCGAUCUUAUGAGAAUGUGAUAAAAAUAUAUAUAUACAGAC